UGUUCUUAAAAUAUAAAAACGGGAAAUGCGGGGUGGUGGCUCAAGAAUCUUCCUCCUCCCUCACCAAAAUCAUAACAGAAAUGAAAUCCCAUAUAUAAUAACUGAAACACCGGAUUCCAAUACAUUCUUAUUUACCUCAAAACCCCAUACCUUAUUUUUCACAGAAACCCAAAAAGAAGCUCCCUUUGCUUGAAGAAAAACGAUCCCUUUCUUUUGUUGUUCACAGCAGGAAAUUAAACAAGAGAACUUGAUCAAAACCAUUCCUGCCUUGUCUUUGGCUUGUUUAAAGCUGAUUGUUGAGUUUUCAUUUUUGUAUCUGAUUAUGGGGGAUCAUUUUGUAUUACUAGUGGACCGGUUGAUAACUGAAUCCACAUUGGAAGCUGCAAUUGAAAGCAGGAACCGGUCUUUUCAGGCCACUGCAUCAGUGGUUGAUGACACUAAGGUAUUCAACCCUUCUCCAAAGUUGAAUUUAUCCUCCCUGGGGGAAAUUGUUGAAUGUAGGAUAUGCCAAGAUGAGGAUGUAGACUCGAAUAUGGAGACCCCUUGUGCUUGUUGUGGCAGCUUGAAGUAUGCGCAUCGCAGAUGUGUACAGAGAUGGUGCAAUGAGAAGGGCAACACUACCUGUGAAAUAUGCCAUCAGCAAUUCAGGCCAGGUUAUACCGCGCCACCUCCCUUGUUUCAUAUUGGGCGUAUUCCAAUGAACUUCAGGGGCAAUUGGGAGAUAUCUAGGAGGGAGUUAAACAAUUCUGGCUUUAUAGCAGUGGUCUCAACAGAUCACAGCUUACUGGAUUCUCGCUAUGAUGAAUAUUUAGCUUCGACUACAAGAAGCUUAACCGGUUACCGUAUGGUUGCAAUACUUUUCAUGCUUCUUUUGGUUUUACGGCAUAUUCUUCCUGUCCUACUAAGGGGAAGCGAUGACUUCUCUUUCCCAUUAUUUAUCUCGAUAUUACUUCGGACCAUCGGAAUUAUCCUGCCAAUGUAUGUCAUUUUUAAAACAGUGACUGCCCUCCUUCGCCGAAGGCAGCAUCAGGAGACACCAAAUUCAUUGUUUGCUGAAUCAGAGGAAGAGAAUGAAGUUGCUAUCAUGCAAACUCAGCCUCACAUAGUUAACAUACAUUGAAUUCCGACAUGGAUAAGAUACAUCUCUGUAUCUUCAGUAGGUGAAAAAGAGUUGAAAAGUAGGGGUUGAUAUCAGGUAAUAAUAUAGCUUGUUUCGCAGAUAAUUUUAGCUAUCAAAGAAAUAUACAUUAAAGCCAAGAAAUCCAAACAAUGUACAGUGUAUAUAUUCUUUGUGCAGUUUAUAAAAAGAACAACCACAAAUUCAAGUGAGAUUUGCUUACUUGUACAGAAAAUAAAAGAAAAACAGAUUGUAUGUC